AUCCUGAGGAGGAGGAGGAGGGAGGUAGGGGAGGGGGGAAGAAGGACGGACAUCAGCCUCGGCGCGUCUUCGCGCACACUAGUCCAUGCGCGGGGGGGCCUCGCCAUCCGUGUCCGGGGUGCCUCUCUUUUAUCUGUCUGUCGGUCUGUCCGUCUGUCUGCUACUUCAAGUGUCCUGCUGCUCGCUGCUGCCUCCUUUUAUGCCCUACCUAUUACGACACGGCACUUGCGUCUCGCUCACCUUUAGCUUGUUUGGCUCCUUGGGCGGGGGGGCCUUUUUCUUUCUAAGAAGGUCUGUCCUGCAUCAGUUUCCCCAUUCCCAGUCUCUUUCUUUCCUCCCCUUCUUUUUUUUUUUCAAAGCUCGUGGACAGAUUCCAUUCCAUUCCAUUCUUCUGCCGCUGCUGUUCUGUCGCUCUUUUCGCUGUCGUUCGCCUUAUUCCAAUCUAUCCAUUUGUCGACGCCGGGAGGCCGAGGCAGAGGAGUUUCAGCCCAGGCCCAGUCUCAGGAAUUGCUGUCGGGUUCGGUUUGUUGGACAGUGACGACGCGAGACGUCUGCUCUUGUUUUUGUUGCAGAGCCUCGGGCCGGAGAUCUACCUGCCGCACACAAGUGAUCUGGAUGAGAAGUUGCACUCGUCUCAUUUCUCGCCCUUGAGCAGACGGUGGUUGGGUUGGGUUGGGUUGGGGUGUGUUCAGAGCGAUUGCUGUAGUUAAUGCAGGGGAGAUGGUCGUUGUAAUGAGCAGCUCUCGAUGACGAUGGAGUAAGCCGACAGGGCGGAUGAUGGUAGGAGGGGCAGUUGUGAAGACUGCACGAUUUAAAGCAGCGCAAAAUCUUCUUCGCUAUAUCGCGUUUUGAAUUCGCAUCGACGGCAAGGCCAUUGAGGCUGUGAUUUUGCCAGCCAUCGCAAUGAAUAAAUUGGGGCGUGGUCAUCGGGACAAAGUUCACCAGUUUAUGAACAUUGCAGGAGCAAGUGAGAAGGCUGCCUUGCAAGCUUUAAAAGCCAGUGACUGGAACCUAGAAGGGGCGUUUGAGGUUUUUUAUAAUCAACCUCCUGCAAGACCGGCUACUGAUCCUCGUCAUCUGGAAGAGCUGUAUGUGCGAUACAAAGAUCCCUACUGUGACAUGAUUUUGGUUGAUGGCGUCUCACUGUUUUGUGACGACUUGCAAACCGAUCCUGGCGACGUAGUAAUGUUGGUAAUAUCAUGGCACAUGAAAGCUGCUACUAUGUGCGAGUUUUCAAGACAAGAAUUUAUUGGAGGAAUGCAGUCCCUAGGGGUUGACUCAAUUGAGAAAUUGAAGUAUUUGCUUCCUUCUUUACGGUCAGAGCUCAAAGAUGAACAUAAAUUCCGAGAAAUUUAUAACUUUGCUUUCGCUUGGGCUAAGGAGAAGGGACAAAAAUCCCUCGCAUUGGACACAGCCUUGGGUAUGUGGCGACUACUGUUUGCAGAGCGCGCCUGGCCAUUAGUGGAAUAUUGGUGUCAAUUUCUACAAGCAAAGCACAACAAAGCAAUAUCAAAAGACACUUGGUCCCAGCUUCUUGAGUUCUCCAGGACGAUCAAUCCAUCGCUAUCUAAUUACGAUGCAGAAGGAGCGUGGCCAUACUUGAUUGAUGAAUUCGUGGAGUAUCUCUGUGAGAUUGGUGUUCCACAAACACGCGGUAGCUAGAUAGGAUUCUUUGGUUUGCAUUAUCUGCAGAAUUGAUUCAAUCCCUGUUCAUUAACCACACUAUGAAUCGAAGCCUGAACAAAGGCUUAUUGUACAGGACAAGACGUUUGCCUAAGUUUUCAAGGCCAAGGCUAAUAUCCUUGACUGACUCUGAUAAACGUAGAUCCUCAAUGGAUUGAUGAAUGGCUUUGGUGUUUCUUAAUCUGCCCUGACACCCACAUUUUUACCAAGUUCAACUGG